ACCAUUGGCCCUGUUUCACUCUGUAACAAAGAGAAACAUGACAAAGCUGAAAGAGGGAACAAGGCUUCAAUUGAUGAGCACAAGUGCCUAAACUGGCUUGAUUCUUGGGAACAAGCCUCUGUACUCUUUGUAUGUCUUGGAAGCCUAUCGCGCCUUUCCACGUCUCAGAUGGUAGAGCUAGGGCUCGGCCUACAAUCAUCGAAACGACCCUUCAUUUGGGUUGUUAGACACAUGUCAGAUGAGUUCGAGAAAUGGCUAGUGGAAGAAGAUUUUGAGGAAAGAGUUAAAGGACAAGGACUUUUAAUCCAUGGUUGGGCGCCACAAGUACUAAUAUUAUCUCAUCCUUCAGUUGGUGCAUUCUUGACACACUGUGGAUGGAAUUCGAGCCUAGAAGGUAUAACUGCUGGCGUGGCGAUGAUCACUUGGCCAAUGUUUGCCGAGCAGUUCAUUAAUGAGAGGCUAAUAGUAAAUGUAAUCAAGACAGGAGUGAAAGCGGGCACGGAGAGUCCAGUGAUGUUUGGGGAGGAAGAAAAAUUGGGAAAACAAGUAAGCAAAGAUGAUAUUAAGAAGGUGAUUGAAGAAGUAAUGGGUGAAGAAAUGGAAGGUGAAAUGAGAAGAAAAAGAGCAAAAGAAUUAGGAGAAAAGGCAAAGAGGGCUGUGGAGGAAGGGGGUUCCUCUUACCUCAACUUGACACAAUUGAUUCAAGAUGUCACUGAGCAAGCAAAUUUUUUAAAAGGUUGAUUUAGGAG